AUGAAACAAGGUCAGGUAUGUCAAGUUCAAAUCAUGACCCCGCCCAAGUCCUUUGCGUUGUUCUGUCUAAAUCAUGUCUUCAACCAUGUUGCUUUCGUACGGUCAGUGAUGAUGGCACGUAAAUUCAACAUCUCUCUUGUCGUGGCUGCCCUUUCCCUGAUAACGAGGAUCCUGCCUGUUGCAGUGGCGGUCCCAGACUCGGUGCUCAGGGCGAGGCAUGUUCAAACUCCCGAAGAACUAAGAGAUUCAUACGACUACAUCGUAGUCGGGGCUGGAACCGCUGGCCUUACAAUUGCAGAUCGUCUGACUGAGCUGCCAGAACGGAAUCCAUCCGACCCCAAUGGCGACCGUCAAACUGCGCAUUUGUACAAUCUCACGUCUGUUCCACAAAUAGGUCUAAACAACAGAACCAUACCGCUGGGCAUGGGCUUUGGCGUGGGCAGCAGCUCAGCUGUCAACGGUAUGGUUGUGAUGCGUGGCACUGUAAAGGACUAUGGCAUCUGGGAUCAGUUAGGGAAAAAUGGCUCGAAUUGGAGCUGGAAAGAAUUGCUCCCUUACUUCAAGAAGGCACCUAGCCUCUUCACCUUCCGUCACGAGAUGAGGAAUCCAUUUUGUUCCCCUGAACCCGGUACUUGCCGCGGACUUCAACAUUACGCUUGGGGACAGUAUAAUGACACCCGCCUCUACGCAUCGUUCCCAGGCGGUCUUAAUCCUGCGAUCAGAAUUCCAUUACCAGCGGACGGACACGCCGGCAACCAUGGAGUGUUUUACUACCCAUUAUCAGUGGAUCCAAAGACCCGACAGCGUUCCUAUUCGAGAACUGGCCAUUGGGAUGGUCUGAACAGGACGAAUUAUGACAUUUUGACAAGCGCACGGGCUACCAAGAUAGUCCUGAGUGGUGAGAACGCGGCAACUGGAGUCGAGUGCAUCUUGACAGACACAGAGAGUUCCUGUGAAAGCCAACAAAGAAGUUGUGAUAUCGACAGGAGCCAUCCAUACGCCUCUGCUUCUGCAACUGAGCGGAGUCCAUGCAUUCUCUUAAAGAAGGCCAAAAUCCCUUUUAAGCCUACCUGGGGUGGGUGCGAACUUUCAAGAUCACCCAAUCGGACCCCCUAUUCGGUUCAAUUUUACAAAACCACCCCUACCACCUACCUCGAACUCGACCCAUCUCCCGCCCAGCGAAGGACAAGGUCAAGGUCUGGUGGCAGAUCUUCCACUCCCCAUCGCGGCACCAUCUGCCUCUCCCGCCAUCGCCUCUUCCCUCGCUCGCCAGGAUCCAGCUUCUUUCGCAGCACCAGGCACAGACAGCUCCGUUCUCCGCGGCUACAAAGCCCAAAAAACCUCCUCGCGGAGCAAAUGCUCUCCUCGUCCCCCAGCUCCCUCUCCUUCCUGCACUGGGUAAUCGGGUAUGGUACCGCCCCCGGCGCCAACCUCAUCAACUUCCACCCCACCUCCCGCGGUACCGUCUCGGUCGACCCCGACAACAUUGACGCCCCAGACCCAGUGGUCGACUACCGCGCCUUGACCAACCCCGUCGACACUGACCUCAUGAUCGCCUACCUCGAGUUCUACCGCCGCUUCUUCGGUCCCGAGGGCCCAUUAGCGGGAUAUCGCGCUGUCGAGAUGGCGCCGGGCGCCAAGGUGACAAGCAGGGAGGAUUUGGCGGGGUAUAUCAGGACGAACUACAUACCGCAAGCGUGGCACCCUGGUGGGGUUGUGGAUGAUGAGCUGAGGGUGUAUGGGACCAGGGGAUUGAGGGUGGCGGACGCGAGUGUUAUCCCAAUUUUGCCGGGGGGCACGACGCAAUUGACGGUUUAUGUGAUUGGGGAGAAGGCUGCCGACUUGAUCAAAAAGACAUGGAAAGGAAAGGGCGGAAAGGGGGCUUCAGGGGGUAAGAGGGGCGAUAAAAACCGAUAA